UUUUUUCCCUUGACUCACCCUCUCACAGUCCUUACCGCCGGCGAAAUAUACACUUCUUCCAGAUGCAAGUUCUUGCAGCCCUACCGGCCGGUGCCAACCUCUUCCCAUCCUCCCCCUCCAAUCCACGCAUCAACGACCCCCUUCCCUCCCCUCCUCCUCCCCCACUCCCUCUUCCCACAAGAAUCCGAAAACCACCACCACCUCCUCCUCCAACGCCUUCCCCUUCCUCAUCUUCUUCCAAUACCGCCCUCCACUCCCUACACAAUGGCGCCCGCUACUACAAGCCCGUCUCUCCCGGUGUCAUCUCCUCCUCUUCCGACGGAAGUCGUUCCGUCCUCGUUGGUGACUCCGGAGUUUCCUAUCUUAUACCGGGAGCUCCCUUCGAGUUCCAUUUCAGCUACUCUGAAACCCCUAAGGCCAAACCCCUCGCCAUCCGCGAGCCUGCCUUUCUCCCCUUCGCUCCCCCGGAGAUGCCCCGCCCUUGGACGGGCAAAGCCCCCCUCCUCUCUAAGAAGGAGAAAGAUAGGAAGAAGAAGAAGAUCCGCCUUCACCAGCCCCUCGGUGUUGACUCGUCUCCCCCUCCUGGAGUCGCUAAGGUACUCGAGAUUGCAGGGAGGCGGCCAGUGGAACUUGGCAUAUACAUUGAUGGUCGCAGUAGAGAGCAGAUAUUAGGGGAUCCCUUGACGCGUGCCGAGGCGGCGGAGCUCGUCAAACCUUACUUGUCGACCAAUCGUCAGGUUAAUCUUGGAAGGGAUGGGCUGACCCAUAAUAUGUUGGAGUUGAUUCAUUCACAUUGGAGACGGCAGGAGGUUUGUAAGGUUCGAUGCCGCGGUGUACCUACAGUGGACAUGGAUAAUGUCUGCUAUCACCUUGAGGAAAAAACUGGUGGAAAGAUCAUACUUCGAACUGGUGGAAUUGUUUAUUUGUUCCGUGGCAGAAAUUACAACCCACGUACACGUCCUAGAUAUCCUGUGAUGCUUUGGAAACCAGCUGCUCCUGUUUAUCCUAAACUUAUACAAGAAACUCCUGAUGGAUUAACUAAAGAGGAAGCAGAAGAACUAAGACGAAAAGGGCAGAACCUACUACCUAUUUGUAAACUAGCAAAAAAUGGCAUAUUUUUAUCUCUUGUUAAGGAUGUGAGAGAUGCUUUUGAAUUAAGCCAUUUGGUGAAGGUUAACUGCCUAGGACUGGAUCCAAGUGAUUACAAAAGGAUUGGUGCAAAGCUAAAGGACCUUGUACCUUGUGUGCUAUUAUCUUUUGAUCAGGAGCAGAUCCUCAUGUGGAGAGGUAAAGAUUGGAAAUCAAGAUAUCGUACUCCCAUCUCUUUGGCUCUGGACACUUCUACAAAUGAUGAUGGAACAUCAUCUUAUUCUGCUGAAGAGGAUCUGACAGAUGACAGUGACGGUGAGUCCAAGUUCAUGAAGGCAGUAUCAAGCCCCAAAAUGAUGUCCUUAUGGAAGCGAGCUUUGGAGUUAAACAAAGCAUUAUUAUUAGAGGAGACUGAUCUCACUCCCGAUUCUCUUCUUCAGAUAGUUGAAGAAUUUGAAGGCAUAUCAUCACAGGCAGCUGAACCUGGCAUAAGUAGUGAUUUGGAUGAUACUGAGGCUGAAUAUGGAAAUAAUGGAAAUAAUGGAAAUCAAGUUGAAGAUGAUGAGGAAUAUGACCAAGGCUCUAAUGAGUUUUGUGAAGAGCUGGAGUCCUCGGUCCCCUUUGGCUCUUUACCUGUUGAUUUAAUAGCCGAGCGGCUACUCAGAGAAAUAUAAUUUAGGGGCAAUAAAGAUGUCAGAAUAGUCCUGACCUUUUUUAUGGUGCCAUGUUAGUACUUAGAGUCUAUAGAAAUGUCAAAUUAGUGCCGCAACUCUUUUAAGUUAGUGUGGAAACAGUCCUCCAUGGGAAUUAUUUUAGCCUAUAUUAAAAGUGUUUGGGAACUAAAUUGAUAUUUUCUAUAAACUUUGGGGCUGAAAUGAAUUCCUACAAUAAGUCUGGAUUAUGUUGAUAUUUGUCUCAUUUAUGGGCAUUUACAUGCAUAACUCCCAAUUGUUAUGCAUUUACAGAUCUAUCACCUAAAUCUUACUUUUAAAAAUUAUA